AUGCGCAUUAACUACAGUUUCAUUGCUACUUCCAUGGCCCUUGUGUUUGUCCUUGAUCCCAUCAACACAAACUCCGUCUCCGCUGCGUCUCCAGCCGAGGUCCCUCGCCUCUUCAGAACACUUCGUCGUCGAUUCGUGACCACUCGGUCUCUCAACCGCAGACAAGACACCAGUGCCGCUAAACCUGCGGGUGUUCCUCAAUUGGGACUUUCUGCGGACACGAUGGAAAUCGUUUCAGCCGGUCUUGUCAGCACAAUUGCCAAAUUUUCAGCUGAUAAAGAGACUGGGUCCGCAUUUCCAAACCAAGAGGAAAUGUCAAAAGCUGUUGGUCAAGCACUCGACAAAUCAGGCUCCACGGACUUCACCAAAGUUGCUCAAGCCCUCAAAACCAACAUUGACGCUCUUGCUGACAAGAAACGUGCCGAAGGCAAAGUUGAUAAGGCUGCUAAACCUGCUCCGGUUGCCUCAACUCCUAAAACAUCUGAGGAUAAGAUUGCGGCUGCUCUAUUGGAGACUAUCCAGAAGUUUUGUGACCAGAAAGCUGCAGGUGGAAAUUUACCCACAGCAGCUGAAGUUAGUAAAGCAUUAACCCCAGCCCUACAGAAGAUUGACUUUCAUAAUGUAGAAGAAGGUGGAGAGGCUAUUAAAUCUGGGUUGGAUCAUAUGACUCCUUCUCAAGCUCAGGGAGCGGGACAAAAAGCUUGA